GUCACGUCAAAUUUGAGCUUAUAAUCUUACUGUGUUACCCUAGGUUCUUUUUGAUCGGAAAUUUUAAGUACCAACUACAACUUUCUAACCGAAAUGGCUACCUCUCUAGCAAUCCUACUGCCAAUUUUAUUCUUUGUUCUGGUACCCAGCGUGAUUCAAGGACAAAGCGAUCACACACUUCAAUUGUACGAUGGGCCACUAAAUAGCCCCGGAUCAUGGACAAGUAUCAAUAAUUACGUCGGAAAUCUUCAAACCUACGGUUUCAAUGACCUGGCGUCCUCUAUGUGUGUUAUUCGGGGCAUAUGGCUCUUUUAUGAAAACCCAAGUUACAACACAGCUUUUUUGGGAUUAUCGGCAUUUUAUUGGGGAGAAAACUUCUGCGAGGAUCUACCGACUGGUUUGAAUAAUCAGGUAUCAUCGGUUCGCUACGGGGGAUCACCUUACGGCUUCCAAGACGAUUAUGUAAACAUCUAUCAAGUUGAAUGGUUUCAAUCCUAUGAAUCAUUUACCGCCACUGAUUCACUGGACUUAAGUCCAUAUUACGGUGGUUCCCUGAUCGUUACGGGGAGAAGCUAUUGGACCCUUUACGAUUCUCCAAACUACCAAGGCUACAGCGUCUGCGUUUCACCAGCCGAUAUUACUUAUGCUUACCCUGGAUUUUACACGCAGCCUGCUGAAUUUGGUUUCAGUGGUAGAGUGAUUCGCAGUGCACGCAGAGGCUGUUGGACCGAAAAGAUUUUCCGACCAACGUUUUCUGCUAAGCCUGGGCAAUUAUAUCGUCGAAAUUGAAAAAUCGCGUUUCCGUUAACCUCGUUUCGACUGCUUUUGAAACUCCCAGAAUGGAUGGUUAUUUAGAAAAAAUUUUCGACAUUGACCAUUCGUUCGUCUUAUGCAUCUAUGGUAAUGGUAAUAGAAGUAUUCGCAAGAAAUUAAUCCACUAGAAACGUCUUGUGUCCAGAUGGUGUUACUAAUUUGAAACCACAUCUUGCACUUGCUAAUAAACUCGUUCACUUGCACCAAA